AGAAGACCUGCCGUCGUCUUUUUGAGGUGGUAUAUAUAAGUAAGGUAUGGAAGUCCCCAAACCCGAGCCGCCUCCUACUAUUAUAAGUCGACUCGCUCGACGGAAAUCCCCAGUUGUUGAGACUCGACGGUAAGGAAUCACAACUCAUUAACAUCUAAUUAGUCAACAUGGCGCCCAUCAAGGUCGGGAUCGUGGGCUACGGCUUCGCGACAAAGUGCUUUCAUCUGCCCUACAUUCUGCCCAACCCAGAGCUCGAAGUCUACGCCUUCCUGCAGCGGGCGGCGCCUCCCAGCGACCCGUCAGAGACACCGCGCUGGGGCCAUUGCACUAUUGACUUCCCCCAGGCGAAGCACUACCGGACGGCGGAGGAGUUUUUCGCCGACGAGCUGAUUGAACUGGUGGUCGUGUGCACGAGUACGGCGCACGGGGAGUAUGCCGAGAGGGCUCUGGUCGCGGGAAAACACGUGGUCGUUGAGAAACCUUUCGUCAACACUAGUGCCGAGGCCGACAGGCUGAUCGCGCUGGCUAGGGAAAAGGGCAAGAUCUUGACCGUGUUUCACAAUCGCAGGUUCGACAGCGACUUCCGCACUCUCCACCACCUCGUGACCCACGGUGCCCUCGGUGAUAUCCUUGAGGCAGAUAUCCACUUCGACUACCCGGAUCCUAGCUGGAUAUCCGGAUGGACGAUGAAAGAGUAUACCCCUGGGCAGGGGAUGACGUUCGCGCUAGGCACGCACACUCUGGAUCAAGCACUGUACCUGUUUGGGCGCCCAUCCUCAGUAACAGGUUUCUUUCGUUCCAACCGCGGCAUUGAUAGUGAGGUUGACGACACCCACACCAUCAUUCUUCAGUAUUACGGCGAGCAGAAGAACCUGCUGGUAACGGUGAAGACGGCCAUCGUCACAAACAUGAAGGACCAACUGCGCUUCUUUGUCCGUGGCAACAAGGGCACCUACCUCAAGUUUGGAACGUGUCCCCAAGAAAGCCAGGCCACUGCGGCCCCGGGCGAACCAGCAACGAGCCCCGACUUUGGCGUCGAGGACGAGCGGAUCUGGGGUACGCUGACGACUACGGCCGAGUUCGACCCCAAGACUCAGCAGUUCGAUGAGCAGAGCAAGAAGUAUGUUGGCAAGUACCCCAGUCUCCGAGGCUGGUACAGGGGGUACUAUGAGAAUGUCUCGGCUGCCAUUCUCGGCAGGGAAGAGGUUCUGGUCAAGCCCGAGACGGCAAGAGACGGCUUGAGGAUCAUCGAGUUGGCGAGGGAAUCUCACGAGAAGGGGUGUACCGUUCCUUGGUCAUAGUGUAGUGAACAGUGUAAGCCCGAGAUGCGAGGCUCUCAGGAUACACCCCGAUGGGGUAUGGACCUCUCGGAUUUUCCGGGCCGCCGCCGAUCCACGCCCACGAGAGCCGGACGCACACAUCGGCGUAUGUGCAUGUAUGUACGGUACCGGUAGGUCCGGUCAUUGGUAGAUGCUUCCCCCAUAACUAGCAUAGCUCGUUGCGGGCAUGCAAUGUCUAUCGUUCUCUGUCUGAAGUCAGCCCGUUCAUCCCCGGCGCUUCCGUUGGCUGCCAUGUGGGCGCUAUAAAAAAAAGAAUUAAUG